AUGGAGAAGAUAUCGUCACCAUCCGAAACGUGUCACAGCUUGGGAUCAAUCAAGCUGCCUGAGGAUGUACUAACUGAGGUGUUUUACUUUGGAUUCGUCACUCCGUAAGUUUGUAGAAGCAUAACCUCUCAAACACGUAGACAUUACUUUAAAAAUGAUGGCAUAUGUGAUUUCAGAAAUGAUGUAGAAGCGUCGCUCGAGAGAGACGGUGAAUUCGCAGUUUAUGCAAUCGAAACGACCGCUUUGGAGAAGACCUUCAUCUUCAAGAUGGCCUACAAAGCUAACGCUAAGGUAAGAGUCUUACAUGGUUAAGCAUUAGGUUGUUCAAAUAAUUCUGCGCCCUUUACGCUCAAAAAUUUGUCUUAAUAGGGGCGCAGAAUUAUUUAAACAUCUUAAAAGUAAAGUGAAACCAAUCAUUUUAGUUUUCAAAACUGUUUAUUUAUGUAACUAUGCUAGUAAUACUUAUAAUAUCUGAAGUGUUACAGUAGUAUAAUAUUUGGAUGUUCAGGUAACUCACCUCCAGAUCAGGACGACUCCAACCCUCGAGUACUACUUUGAUGAUAAGCGGUUCAAGUCAAGGACAGCUCAGACUAUCAAAAAGCUGGUUAAAAGCUACAUCAACUCCAAAGAAAUGCCACUGACAGAGCCUGCCAAGAGACCGGCCAUCUUCAUUCGCAAUGAUAAGGUCCAGAUCAAGCACCGAGUUGGCGAAGGUAGGAUAAUAUGACAUUUGUAUUGUUUUGGAAGAUCUUUUGAAAGAAGGAGCUACGUGUAGAGUUUAAGAUAACUAUUGUAGUAUAAUAUACUACAUUUCAGGUAACUUCUGUUUCGUAUCCAAAGCCGUGAUGACUGGCACCAACAGGGUCCUGAAGAACGUGGCCGUGAAGAACUUCAAGGAUUCUGAAAUCACAGCCCAGACCCACGCCGAGCAGAAGGAGAUGAUGACUGAGAUCAGCUCGUUGUCCGCCACUUACCACGUCAACAUCAUUCAGUUCUAUGGGGUGUUAUGUGAUGUGCCACCCAUCAAGGUAAGUAUUGUAUAUUAUCUUUUACCAAUUUUAAGCUGGUUUUGAUCGUUUGAACCAUACCAUAAUGUUUUUUAAAGUUGUCAAGAUGCCACGCUGUAGUAUUAUACUGUAAUAUCCCACAGUAAAACCAUCGUGUUUUAGUUGGUCAUGGAGUUUUGUCCAGGAGGAAGCUUGGGCUCUCACCUCCUCUCCCAGAAGGACGCCAUCAAGAUUGGAGAGCGGAUUCUGUACCUUUUUGAAGCCGCCAGAGGCAUGGAGUACCUCGAGGGCAUCAGCAUUGUCCACCGAGAUCUGGCCGCGAGGAACUGUCUGAUUGCCAUUGACACGACACUCAAGAUCGGAGACUUUGGCCUCAGCCUGACGACCCAGGAGCUGAGCGAAGAGAAGAUUGACGGUAACUUCAAGGCCCCGAUCCGCCUUCUGAGCCCCGAAACCAUCGGAAAGAAGCCUCUGUUCUCGCACAAGAGCGACGUCUGGUACGUUUGUUUUGUUUGUAGUCGAAAGCAAUGUUUUAAUCUGUUGUUCUUGAUAGUCUUUGCAUUCUGAUCGAGAAGCGAUCGACCAACCAUAGCUCAGUUGGUAGAGCGGAGGACUGUAGUUCAGCGGGAAUCCUUAGGUCGCUGGUUCGAAUCCGGCUGGCUGGAAUUUUUUUUUUGAUUUUUCAGUUUAAGUCUUAUAUUCUAUGUACUUUGUGACCAUUUUUUGAUCGAGAACAACUGUAACAAUCUGAUAUUAUAGUAGUGUACGAUAACUUUUAACUAAUCUUAAUUUUAAAAUGAUUUCAGGGCCUAUGGCAUGCUUUGUUGGGAGAUCUUCAACAAUGGCCAGAAACCAUGGCCAGACGAUGAAGUCAAGAAGAUUGCCAGAGACAUUAACACCGGCAAGAUGCCCACCGUUCCCAACACGAUGCCCCCAGAGGUGAAGGCGAUAGUCAAGGCGUGCUGGAACAAGGACCCAGAGAGUCGACCAAGCUUUUGGGAUAUCUUGCACAAGCUUCACAAGCUCGUCAAUGGCAAGUACGCUCCUCCACCACCUCCUGAAAGGUCUACCACCAGGAUCAAAGGAGUUUAUGCCAAGUCGCUGGACGAUCUCAAUCUGAAGGCCAAUUCGCCAAAGGGGCGGAAGAAGAAUAGGCGGAUCUUCUCGGUUAGGGUAGGUUAAACUUUUUUUAAAAAUUUAUUGGUUUUUAUUGAUUUUUUUCGCUUGAAAAUGUCAUUUUGACAAAGAAAUAGCCGUUGCAAAACACAAAAAACAAUAUUAAUAUUUUAAAUUUAUUUUUUCUAAUUUCAGGACGACGAUGACCCUCACCACAGGCACAAAGACACUGUCAGUCAGCAGUCGAAUGCAACGACGACAACCACCAACUCUUCGAGUGGCAAAAAUAGUGGCGCGGCUCGAAAGAAACGACCGGUUGGAAGCGUCAACAGGACUAAUUCUCUUGGCCUGGUACAGUAGGUUUUGAAAAAUUACAAUUGAUAUUACAGUAUUCAUUGUUAGUAGUCCAUUUGAUAUAGUAUAUAACUAUAGCAGUAUUCCAGUUGAUUUAAAUUAUAUUGUUUUAUGGUUGAUAUCAAUUUUAUUAUUGAUUUUACUGAUUGAGUACUAAUUGGUUUACUUUCAGACGUCGCAGCAUUACCUUACCUUCGAAAAGCGUUGGUCAAGAGCGUUCCAAGUUCAAGCGAAAGUAA